AUGUCCACCGUUUAUCAGAGCCUUUUUGCCAAGAACGUCUUCGUCCAAUUUGUUCGUAGGACGCACACUGCUUCUUUAGCCGCCAAGUCUCAACUUGUAUUUCCACCUGUCUGCGGUGAAUGCAUUGUACCCUCAACCUGCGCCCUCAAUUCCUGCACACCUGUGCAGCCUGUACGGUCAGCAUCAACUUUGAACGCUCGUCCGCGUCUUCAGCAGGCAGAACUGGCAGACAGUGCCAACGCAUCGCCAGAGGUCUUUGACUACACCGCGUUCUUCGAGGAGCAGUUGGAGAAGAAGCGGACAACAGCGACGUAUCGUGUGUUCCGACGAAUCCUCAGAGACGUCAAUGACUACCCGUUCGCGGACGACUUUUCUACCGGUGAACCUCAACGAAUCAACGUCUGGUGCUCCAACGACUACCUUGGAAUGAGCAGGCAUCCUAAAGUUCGCGAAUGCGCAAGAAAUGCAAUCGAUCGAUUCGGUGUGGGCUCCGGGGGAACGCGGAACAUCUCCGGCAACACCCUCUUGCACGAGGCCCUGGAGCACGAGUUGGCGAGCCUUCACGGCAAGGAGUCGGGCCUCGUCUUCACGAGCUGCUUUGUCGCCAACGAGGCUGCCCUCUACACCCUCGGCACGCUGAUUCCCGGUUUGAAGGUCUUCUCUGAUGCCGGCAAUCACGCCUCCAUUAUCCACGGAAUACGAACUAGCAAGGCGGCCAAGUACAUCUACCGUGAGAAUGAUGUUGGCCAUCUUGACGAUUUGAUGGGAUCCCAUGCCUCACCGGAGAACCCCAAAUUGGCGGUUUGUGAAACUGUCCACUCAAUGAGUGGCGAUAUUGUUCCACUGGCGGGGUUCCUGGACGUCAGCGCUAAGCACAACGCCCUCACCUUCGUCGACGAGGUGCACGCGGUGGGGUUGUACGGUGCGCAUGGCGCGGGUGUUGCAGAAGAGCUUGGCUGCAUGCACCGCAUCGAUGCGAUCACCGGCACUCUUGGCAAGGCUUUUGCUAGCAUCGGCGGCUACCUGGUUGGGGACAGAGUCCUUGUUGAUACCAUUCGUUCCUACGCAGGCGGUCUCAUUUUCACGACGUCGUUGCCUCCGCCGGUGUUGGCGGCAGCCCGAGCCAGUGUCGCCAUUCUGGCAUCCUCGGAGGGACGCCAGCUCCGAGCUGAGCACAAAAAACGCGUUGCGAUCGUGCGUCGACGUCUGCAGGAGGCUGGGCUGCCGGCCGCAGACGUGCCCUCACACAUUAUACCCAUUUUCGUGGGGGACGCAGGAGUGUGCAACAGCAUUUCUGAGGAUCUGCUGAGGAACCACCAGAUAUAUCUACAAUCGAUAAACUACCCAACUGUAGCGAAAGGCACUGAACGUCUUCGCCUGGCACCAUCUCCCUUCCACACCGACAAAAUGACCGAUGCGUUGGUUGAUUCCUUGGUGAAGGUGUGGCGGGCACAUCGACUUCCUCUUAAACACUAA